AACACAGGAGAGAGUGCUAACAGACCUGCACAUUCAGAACAUUGACGAUGUAAUUAGAAAUUAAGAAGUGCUAACACGUUACCAACACAUUAAGCUCACUAACUAUGUUACCUUUCAUAUUCACAUAAUUUAAGGAUUUUUUUAUUCGACUUAAAAACUGGUGUAUUUUUUGUCAUGUUUUUUCUAAAAUAUAAUCACAACAUUUAUUCGCAGUAAUUUCAUCGAUUUACGCAAAUGCUAGCUUCGAGAGGUCACUGGACACUCCGAUCACAUACUCGAGAGCUUCAAUCAUCCUUUGUUUCUAUUGUAUCGAACACUUUCAGCACGUUCGACAUCCGCAGCGCGACUGCCGCGAAAUCCAUUCAACAGGCCGACAGGAUGUGGGCGGGGCGUGCGGGACGCGGCGUCAUUGGGCGAGCUCGCGACUCGCAGUGAUGGCCGCCGUCGCAUUCAACCAAUGAGCGGCGCGCGAGCCGAACGCGCGUCCGUCCGGCGAGCGUGCGACGUUGCCAGCUUUUACCAGAAAAAAAAAUACCAGAUUCGACCUUCUUAGGACCCCCGGUUUUUUUUUGUUUGGCCGCGUUAUCAUUCGGGAACGUGUAUUGAGGUCCUUAUCCGUUUGUGAGAUGGUUCUGCGCAGGUGGAUGUGUUGUGUUGUGUUAUAGUUUAUUAUGGUGUGGUCCACGCAGACUGGCGAAGUGUUGAUUGACAUCGUAACGAGGCCCGGGCAAACGGAUCACGGGCACGGCGGCGGCGCGCUGGCGUACGGCGGCAAGCCGGCGGCGGGGGGUGUGGUGGCGCCGCCGCAGCCCCGGCCUCCGCCCGCGGCGCCCUACGCUCCGCAGCCUUACCCUCCCGCACAGCUGCGCCUGCACCAGCCAGGAUAUGGAUCUGCGGCAUUAUCAUAUAGGGACAGCAGCUACGUCCGCGGCGGCGGCGCGGUGGGGUCGGUGGGCGGCGUGGGCGCCGUGGGCGCUGGCGCGGCGGGGGCCGGCGAGUACCGCGGCGGGCGCGUGUCGCUGCUCGGCGCGGCGUACCUCCCCCCGCCCGCGCCCACUGCUCACCACCCGCCCCCCGCAGACCCUCCGCCUUUCAAGAAGAUCAGACUCUCAGCUGAUCGGACGCCGCUGUCACAUCAUCAGCCGCUUAGGGUUGAUACUAGGGAGCCGGUGAACCAGUAUAGCACAGUAGAAGUACUAUCUCCAAAUCCCCCUUCGGAACCCACGAUGGAGGAUCAGAGCUUUAGGACCACCAAGGAUGACUUAUUACAACAAAUAUCCAAGGUGGACCGGGAGAUGGCGUUAUCAGAGUCAACGCUAUCCAAACUGAAGAAGAAGCAGGAAGAGUUAGAACAGACUGCCUCAAAGCCCGCCAGGGCUGAGGAACCUGAGGAAACCGUGCCUCGGCACCGGAGCCUCGCGCAAUGCGUCUACGCAGAAAAUAGGAAAAAGAUCAGCAUGGAUAAUAAGCGGCAAAUGCAGGCAUCAUCAGCCCACGCCGUGCUCUCACACCUGGGUCCGCCCGUCCUCUACCCGUUGUACAACCAGCCUCAAGACACAGAGGUCUACCACGAGAACAUUAGGAAACAUAGGACCUUUAGGAAGAGACUGGCGGAACAUAUUAGGAAGCUCAAACUUGAGGCUGAGAAGCGGGAAGACGCAUUAGCAGAAGCAUAUAGCAGAAGAGCAGCAGAAUGGUUAAGAAGAGUAGAGAGGAUAGAACAGGGACAGAAGAGGAAAGCAAAGGAUGCCAGAAAUAGAGAAUUCUUUGAGAAGGUGUUCCCUGAACUAAGAAAGCAGCGCGAAGAACGAGAGCGGUUCAACAGACUAGGCGCCAGAGUAAAGUCAGAGGCCGAGCUUGAAGAGAUCGCGGACGGGUUGCACGAACAAGAGCACGAAGACAAGAAGAUGAGGUCCUUGACUGUGGUGCCGCCGCUACUGAGGGACCCUAGUGAUACCACGCCCGUUUAUAUUGAUACUAAUCGACGGUGCAUGGACAUGGAGUCGGAACACAAAGAGCUGCAACUCCGCAACGUGUGGUCUCAGGCUGAACGGGAACUCUUCCGCGAGAAGUACCUCCAGCACCCCAAGAACUUCGGGCAGAUCGCAUCCUUCCUGCCGAGGAAGAGUGUGCGGGACUGUGUUAGAUUCUACUACCUAUCAAAAAAAGCGGAGAACUACAAGCAGCUGCUAAGGAAGCCGCGACAGAGGCGGUCGGCUCGGAACCCGCCGCGAGCGCAGCCCGAGCCCGAGCUGCCGGCUGGAGUCACCACCAGGCUGCAGCGGAGCCAGGGUACGACAGCGCGAGGGACAGAGAACAAGGAGCCGAACAUGGAUGAGAGCAUGCCACAGGUCACUGACCCCGUCACCUGCAUACCUAUACCUACCGCAGCGCCCGCGCAGCCGCCUAGGUCGGAAUCAACACGAACGCCUCCUCUCCCCCCGUCGCCUCCACCAGCUUCAUCAGCCCCGCCCGCGCCGGUCACGUCAACAGCCACGCCGAUGUCGGUGGCGGGCAGCCCGGCGGCGGCGCCCACGCCACCGGCUGUCGACGUGCCGUUACCGCCCGUCACGUCGGCUGAUGUUACGCUUACUAUUACGCCUGUUUCGACGCCAAUAACAACGACGACAGCAACAAGCGUAGCACCGACAUCAUCACCAGUAACGUGCAUCACAUCCACGGCAGCGGUAGCCGCAGCGACGCUCACUGCGCCGGCCAUGUCUACCGGCAGCAACAGCAACAGCAACGGCAGCAACAGCAUCGGUAGUGGCAGCAACAGUAAUGGAAGUGCCAGUGGAAGUGCUCCGCCGACGCCGCAGCCGGCACAGCCACCUACGCCGACGCAGCCUCCGCCUACUCCUGAGACCGCGGUAACAGAGCGCAUCGGGACCCCCUCAUCAACAGCCACGGUUACCACGACAACGAUAACGACAACAUCCUCAAACUGUGCCGUCUGCAACAUGUCUGGAGCCACCCGAACGGUCUCAAGGUCUCGAGCCAUCCACUACGGGCUGAAGGAGGAAGCUGUAGGGGCGAGGGUCUGUGAACCCUGCCACUGCAGGUGUGUGCGGUCCCGGUACACCAGGUGCCCUGUGCCAACGUGUCCGGGGCCCAGGGUUAGAGCGAAACGGUUGAGGCAUUUACCGCCGAGAUGGCAUGAUCUCUCGUUGGAGUUGAAGAGGCCUCUUAUGGAGGAGUUUGAAAUCCCUAGCGAGUUAAGCAAGUGCUGCCUAGCUUGCUUCAAGCGGAUAACUCGUCGGUUAGAGACCGUGGUGGAGGGAGGCCUAGCUCCUGAGCCCACGGAGGAGGAGGCGGCGCGGUUCCGGUCGCUGCUGCGCGAACACGGCACGGCGUGGGACCGGAUCGCGGCCGUCAGUGGGAGAACACCCGCUAGUUUGAAGGCGUUCUACUUCACCUAUAGAAAAAAGCUGCAACUAGACACGUCCGUCGCCGACCGACCUUCCGGUCCUCGCAGCUCCACGGAGGACAGUACCCUAUCCUCAGCGGAUACCGACACGGCCAGCGGCGGCAGUCCUGCAAGGGCUCCGCCCGCUCAACCGGCGCCGGCGCCUCGAACCGAUGCCGUGGCGCCGAGGAGACCGCGCAGAGAUGAAUAUGACUCGUCGGCUACGGAGACUGCUGAUGAGGAGAAUGAUGCUCCUAGUGCUAAGAUAAUCCCCCCUACCUCGGUCCCGACGGUGGUAUCAUCCUGCGCCGCCAGCGCGGUAUCGUCACCCGUGACGACGACGCGCAGCACCGCGGCGCCGCAGACUGUCCGCGACGUGGUGCUCAACCUCAUCGAGAUCAGCCUCACCAGGGACUCGCAGCCCACACAUCCGAGCAUCAAGCCGCAUCAGAUCAAGGUUAGUGCAGAGACGCAGACAGUCCGCGACGUGGUGCUCAACCUCAUCGAGAUCAGCCUCACCAGGGACUCGCAGCCCACACAUCCGAGCAUCAAGCCGCAUCAGAUCAAGGUUAGUGCAGAGACGCAGACAGUCCGCGACGUGGUGCUCAACCUCAUCGAGAUCAGCCUCACCAGGGACUCGCAGCCCACACAUCCGAGCAUCAAGCCGCAUCAGAUCAAGGUGACGUCAUCAUGCGCGAGCGGUCGCGAAGCCCUAGCAACGUUAAGCGUCGUAAACAGCUCCCACGUGGGCAACAGCGGCGCCGUCAGCCCCCAGCGCUCCGCCACCAUCACCCCCCUCAGCCACCCCGCGGCCGACAAGGACGUCAUGCUGCUGCACAUCGAGCCCCGCCCCGAGCGCCCCGAGCGCCCCGAGCGGCCCGAGCGACACGACCGCCACGAGCGACACGACUUGUUGCUGCGACAGGAACGACAUGAACCCUUGUUGGAUCUCAGCGUCAAGCGCCCGAGGCAUGAUCAGCCGUUCCCGCAUCCUAAUAAGUCUGUAUACCGAAACUCAACGGAAUACAGACCACAGCAAGAACGGGAAUCCCCCAACCAGUACAACUCGAAACCUAAAGCUGUUGGGGCACCUCCAAGACCGACCCUCAAACCAGCUCCCAACCCCAAGGGGUCCAUAACCCUGGGUACUCCAGUAGAAUCGAGGUUCGAGCCUCAUAGGAACCCUCCGGAGGCGAAGACAGGGUCGAUAACAGCCGGGACUCCGGUGCAUGGGACCCAUCACCUUCCUGACAAACGGACCCUGGACUUCUAUAAGAGAAGGAGUCCCGGGGGCCCUGGGGCGUAUUACGCGGCGACUAGUAGUCAACCUAGGCCGCAGUCGCCGUCUUUUUCACCUACGGGCAGCUCCAGCUACACUCGGAACCCGUACGGGCUGGAGCAGCGUCAGAUCAUCAUGGCGGACUUCAUCACGUCGCAGCAGAUGCACGGCGGCGCGCGGCGCGAGCGCGAGCGGGCCGCGUCGCCGGGCUUCAGGCGGGACGCCGUGUCUGUUAUACAGAGGCAUACGCCGCAUGCUUAUCCGCAUCCGCCUCCCGAUGAGCGGGCGGCGUCGCCUCAGUACCGGCGGGACGCGCUCUCCGUCAUACAGAGGCAUUCGCCGCAGCAUGUGUACCAACAUCAGCAUCCGCAGCCGCCUCCAGGACACGAAGCGUUCACAUCUUUAGUAGACGUGGCGUCAGCAGCGACGGCGCUGCCGGUGCCGCGCGGCUCGCAGCCCGACGGCAAGCCCGAGCCCAAGCAGCAGCCGCAGCAGCAGCAGCAGCAGCAGCAGCAUGAUCUCAGAUUCAUGGCGCAGAAAUUCCCGCUCGGAUCUCAAUUCCCGCAAAUGAUGGACAGAAGAGUACAGUCUGAACAACAAUACAUGGAAAGAGAAAGACAGAUACAAAUACAGAGGAGGGGAGCUGUAAACGCGAUCCACGCUAUCCACGAGCGUCACGCGAUGGAGCAGCAGCAGCAGCAUCAGAACCAGCAACAGCAUCAAGCGCAGAUCAUACACGACAGGCAUAUGCAGCACUCCAUCCACGCGAUGCAAGAGCGUCACGCCGAACAACAACACCAACAGCACCAGCAACAGCAGCAACAGCAGCAACAACACCAACAGCAGCAACAGCAACAACAGCAACAGCAGCAACAACAACAGCAACAACAUCAGCAGCACCAACAGCAACAACAGCAGAUUAUACAAGAGAGACAUCAUCAACAUCUUAUGAGCGUAUCAUCUCAAGAUGGCGAGCGUCGCAUGGUACAGUCGGUGACAUACAGCACGGCCGCCAAGCCGCGCGCGCAGACGCCGCACCAUCUAGAGAGGAAAGACAAUCGCACAGUAGUAUCAUCAGUAGCGGUGGGGCAGCCCCCCUCGGGCGCUGCUGGGGCGGAGCCCCGGGCUCGGCCGGCGGAGGGCACGCUGACGGCGGCGUCGCUCAUCGACGCCAUCAUCACGCACCAGAUCAGCCAGAGCUCCGACCAGAGGUUCCCGGUAAGUGAUGAGCGUCCGGACCGCGGUGUAACGCCGGCAGAGGAAGCGGCGGCCGCGGCUGCUGCCCAUACAACGAGCAUUAAGCUGGGAGACCUCGCGUCCAACAUCAUCACGCGGGACUUCUGCAGCCCCACCACCUCUGUCAUGCACCACAACAACCGGUUCAGCGUGGGUAACUCUGAGGCGUACGCGUCGGAAGAGUGGAAGCGUCGCGACGCUCCCAAGCACGCGCCCUACCUCGAGCCCGUGUCGCCGCCAGACAACCAUCCCGCCAACAGAAACAACAGCAACCGCCGCUACAGUUGCGUAGGCUCCUCCCCCAGCAGUGGGUCGGGCGGGGCGUCCAGCGUGGGCGGGGCGGGGGGCGGAGUCCUGACCGCCUUCGACUACGUGACCAACCGCAUCGUGGAGGUGAUGCGAAGUGACGCCGACGAGCGAAGUAAACCGUUGACGUUCCCUACUGCGGCGUACGCGUACCCGUAUUCCGCGCUUAAUGUUGCUGCUGCGGCCGCGGGGGAUGCGUCCAACAGCACAGUAUCAGCAAGCCCAGCGCCAGCGGCUGCACCGGCCCCGCCGCCGCCCCCCGAGCCGGCGCCGCUGAUGUCGGCGCAGUACGAGCCGCUCUCCGACGAGGACUGACGCCCGCCCUCCGCCCGCCCGCACCCCACCGGCUAGCGUCGCCACUACUCCGUUAUCUGCCGACACAGAAACAGAACAUAGGGGAAUUACAAGCAAAGGAAUACCUGAAAAUAAAGGGAAAAUAGAAGGGAAUUUGCAGCAAAGAAAAGGCAAGAAAAAUGGGAAAAAUCCAGCUUAUAAGCCACUUCUCUUAAGCCUCAAAGUAGUAAAAAAUACAAUACUACAACAUAAUGGAAAAUGCAGCAUUCCAUCGUGAAAGGAACAACUGACAAAAAUGCAGCUUGUUAUAACCUCAAAGUAGUAGAAAGGACACAUUACUACAAUAGAAGAAUGAGAAAAUGCAGAAAAGAAAAGGAAGGAAAAAAUGCAGCUCAAAAAUGGUGAAAAUUUUGCGCAAGACAAGCUUCGUUCUUCAACACAAAAGCUGAUCAUUUUUGGGAAAUAAGCUUCAGAAUAGGAGAAAAUGGCUGCCGAAAAUUUCGAGCGAAACCAGCAAAGAUGCUUCGUUUAUUUAUCGUGCAUUGAAAAAUACUGCCUAAACAAGGGUGUUGGAAGUCCAGCUGCAAGAUAGCGGAGUGACAAAAAGUUUGGUGUGGACUCACCCCAAGGAUACACGGUCCAUAGUGCGUUCAGUUAGUUUGUCGUGUUUCGUUAUAUACACACCGUUCUCAACAUGUAAAUAUGUACCGUUCCGUUGCGAUAGUGACGUGUAUCCGACACUGCAAACAAUAAACUGGUGAACCCACACCCAUGUACUCGUGUUUACUAUAGACGAUGGUACUAAAUUGUAUAUUUAUAUGUUGUUUUGUAAUGCAGGGAUUAAAUACCGUUCAUGUGUUGUGGCAGAGCUUUAAGUGUCCGGUAGUAACGACUAUGUCGCGGCGCUGCCGAGCCGCCGACGCCGCGACGCUCGAUACGCUUAUGAACAUAAUGCUGUCGAUUAGUGAGAAUACGAUUAUGAAUUGUUAUUUAUUUAGUUAUUGAACAUGUUUGUAUUAUUUGUCGCGUGUCGACACGCGAUCAGUAGCACUGCCGCUGAGUGAAGUACCUCACUAUAUGUUAAGUGGCAGAAUUACGAACGUUUCGGUGAUUCAAACGAUAUAAAGUAAUAAGAAGUGUAUUUUUAAUCCAGUCUUCCAUCGCCACUCCGCCAGGGGACACCACACUAGGCUAGGCCCGCGACUUCGUCCAGUAGUAGCUACACUCUAGGAACUUGUAUAUUAUGUGAAUAGCGGCCAGCAGCCGCCGCUCUAGUUAAGAACAUUUUUUUAUCGCUUCGCUUCGGAUUUCGCUGUCGCCUCAUCCACUAGGGUUAGAGUACGCGUAGUUCAAUUAUCAUUUGUUACUAUAAUUUCGUAUUGUAAAUAUCAUUUUGUCGUUCGUUUAAUGUAAAGUUUGUGUAUAUCGGCCCGCCACAGCGAAGUCCGGAACGGUCUCCGAGCUCAUCGAAAUCGAAACUAUACUCGACUCGGGAACUGUCUACACCCUUAUUAUACAUAUAGCGUAACCUUAACGGACUAGACUAAGUUAUAUAAAUUAUAUACAUAUGUAAAAGUGUAUGGUUAUUAUGUAUAUGCAUUUGUAAUUAUACAGGUUAGCUAAGAGUUGAAUUAGAGAUUUGAUUUGGUUUUUUAGUUAGGUGGGUCUCGUCGACCGAUAUAAAUAUAGAGAGCUGCCGCCGCCGCCGCGUCACAGCAGCCUUAUGUUAUGUGCACCGCACCCGCCGCUCUACUGCCGUCUGUCGCGGCAUUCCCGACUACUGUCAGUUCUAUGACUACACUCCCACAUACCCUACCUUCCUGAUCAACUACCUAUUGUAAACAAGUUCCAAAUGAGUUGAAAGUGUGCAGGCGACGCUAGAGCCGCGCGGUGUUUUUGUAAAUGUUUUCGAGUUAUGUGUAAAAAACGACUGAUUAAAUUUACUUUGAGCGAGUGUAUGGGUGGCGCGGCGGCGGCGGCGGUAGCAAACACAUUGUGAUUUCUUUAUAAAACGUUGUAAUGUACUGUAAGUAGUCCAAGAAAAAAAUAAUCCUUGUAAGUCCGAACAUAAGCGAAAAAACAACUUCUGGGAGGACAAAUCAAUAAAAAUAAGAUGCAAAUCUAA